AUGACUUCAAAGAAACAAGACGAAAGCCAGUCUCAGGGCUAUGAACUAGAUGCUACGGAACUAUACACUGACGAAAACAUAAGUCAACGACGUCGAACCCCUGUUAACGAGAAGAUUCUGCUUUUCAAGAUCGACCUUUUCGUACUGUCGUUCGUAUGCUUGCAAUAUUGGAUCAAUUAUGUGGAUCGAGUUGGGUUUUCGAAUGCAUAUGUGUCUGGAAUGAAACAAGAUCUUGACUUCAAGAGCGAUGAUUUUAAUCUGGUCAACACUUGCUUCACGGUGGGUUACGUGCUGGGCAUGAUUCCGCAUAAUCUCAUUCUUCUGAAAGUUGAGCCAAGACUUUGGCUAAGUUUCUGUACGUUGUCUUGGGGUAUCUUGACGCUAUCUAUGUACAAGAUCACGUCAUUCAAGCAGUGUUGUGCAAUUCGGUUUUUCCAAGCUGUUUUCGAAAGCUGUACGUUUUCGGGUACGCACUUAAUCUUGGGUUCGUGGUACAAGGAAAAGGAAUUGACCAUGCGCAGUGCCAUUUUCACUAGCAGUGGGUUGGUGGGCUCCAUAUUUAGUGGAUUUAUGCAAGUAAAAAUCCACACAUCUUUGAACGGGCGCAACGGACUCGCCGGCUGGAGAUGGCUCUUCAUUAUCGAUUUUGUCAUUACACUGCCCAUAGCGAUUUAUGGGUUCAUCUUUUUCCCCACGACUCCAGAUCAUGGGCGAAACUCCAGGGUGCAGUCCUUUAUCUUCUCAGAGGAAGAGCUGCGGUUUGCACGUAGACGACUUCCGCCUCGGAGCGAAAACGUCAGACUGGAUCGCACCGUUUUUAGAAGAGUGUUUGGCAGAUGGCACUGGUGGCUUUUUAGCUUCGUCUGGGUUCUUGGAGGUGAAAACCUAUCGUUUGCUUCGAAUUCUACAUUUGCACUAUGGCUCGCAGAUCAAGGUUAUUCUCUGUCGCAACGCAACUACAAUCCUGUUGGCAUUUUUGCCGUGGGAAUCGUCGCGACGCUGGCGUCGGCGUUUUACCUUGACCACUGCCGCAGCGCCAGGCACUGGCAUGUCGCUAUCGUGAUGGCAGUCGUAAUGUGCGUUGUUGCUGUAAUGAUACGAGCAGCGCCUAUCAAUCCUCGCGUGAUGUUUACAGCCCAAUAUCUCGGUGGAGUCGCUUACGCGGGACAAGCAGUUUUCCUAGCCUGGGCCAACAUCGCUUGUCGGGACGACUUGCAAGAACGUGCCAUUGUGUUGGCAAGCAUGAACAUGUUUUCAGGCGCGGUCAAUGCAUGGUGGUCAUUACUGUUCUAUGCGGCAACCGCCGUUCCGGGUUUCCAGAAAGGUUGUUACGCCCUCAUUGCGACGUCAGUGGCCAGUGCCAUAGUCUCGGUGCUGAUCCGUAUUCUCCAGGUUAAAGAACUGAAGUCCAAGAACAGCGGCGGCAAUAUCAGCAGAAAUCAUUUCUAUAUGGAAGCUAAUGAUCAGGCAGAGAAGGAGGCCGUCAAUUCUGGAUUUUGA